CGGGCGAGCUCCGCGGAAGCGCGGCGCGCCUUGACCCGGGAAGCAGUGGCCGGGGGCGGGGAGAGGGCCGGGCAGACGCCGAGGCGACCUUCCUCCAUGCGCGGGGCGAGGCGGCAUGGCCGAGGCUCAGCAGCUCCGCGUGCAGGAGGCCAUCGACGGCAUGGUGCAGGGGCUGGAGCGGGAGAACAUCCGGAAGAUGCAGGGAAUCAUGUUCCGGUGCAGCGCGACCUGCUGUGAGAACAACAAGGCCUCCAUGCAGCAAGUGCACCAGUGCAUUGAGCGCUGCCAUGCGCCUCUGGCUCAGGCGCAGGCAGUGGUCACCCAAGAGCUGGAGAGAUUUCAGGACCGCCUUGCCCGCUGCACGAUGCAUUGUAAUGACCAAGCCAAGGACUCCUUAGAUUCAGGGAGCAAAGAGAAGCAGAUCAAACUGCAGCUGGACAACUGCGUGACAAAGUGUGUGGACGACCACAUGCACCUCAUCCCCAGCAUGACCAAAAAGAUGAAGGAGAACUUGGCCAGCAUUGCCCAGUAAACGCCCUGGCUUUGCGGAGGAACGGGAAAGGGAGAUAAUCAAUUAAAAUUAAGAUGGGCAUGAUAACCCUUUCUGGAAACAUAGAAAGAAAACA